UUAAGUCCUGCAUUGCCAGAUUGUCCUACCGGAUAACUGGGAUUCUCUCAGCUGCUUUUGGACUCACUGCAUUCAUCCACAAGAAUCUGCUUAAUUUUUUCCUUUCCUCACCUGCAGCAGUGUGGUGUUCAUGUUUGUACUGGAGAGCAGCAGACAGCAUAAAACAGCAGCAAGAAUUCAG